GCAGACCCUGGGAGACCAAGGAGUGGAAAGUGUGCGGCGCCUGAGAUCUCAAGAGUGACAUUUGUGGAACCGGCUAACCUGAUUAAAGCUCUUUCGGAACCUGCUUUCCUGGUAGCAUAUCUAUGCAAGAUUUCAUCAUGGGAAAUCGGUAUUACAACAUGGUGGCAACUGUGCUGUUGGUCAUGAAUUUCGAAAGGACAAGAUCAACGCAGGAUUCCUGUAGUAACUGUCUGGCUGGUACUUUCUGUGGGAAAAACAAGACUUGCAUUCCCUGUCCUCCAAAUAGUUUCUCCAGCAUAGGUGGACAAAGGACCUGUAACAUAUGCAGACAAUGUAAAGGUGUUUUCAGGAUCAAGAAGCCGUGCUCCAGCAUCAGCAAUGCAGAGUGUGACUGCAUCUCAGGGUUCCACUGCCUGGGGGCAGGAUGUACCAUGUGUGAACAGGACUGUAAACAAGGUCAAGAAUUAACAAAAGAGGGUUGUAAAGACUGUUGCUUUGGGACAUUUAAUGAUCAGAAACAUGGCAUCUGUCGACCCUGGACAAACUGUUCUUUGGAUGGAAAGUCUGUACGCGUGAAUGGGACGAAGGAGAGUGAUGUGGUCUGUGGACCGAUUUUGACGGACUUCUCUCCAGGUACAGCCUCCGCGACCAUGCCUGCCCCUGGGAGAGAGCCAGGACACACUCCACAGAUCAUCACCUUCUUCCUGGCGCUGACGUCGGCUGCGGUGCUGUCCCUGGUGUUCUUCCUCGUAUUCCGUUUCUCUGUCGUUAAACGAGGCAGAAAGAAACUCCUGUAUAUAGUCAAACAACCAUUUAUGAAACCAGUUCAAACUGCCCAAGAGGAAGACGCCUGCAGCUGCCGCUUUCCGGAAGAAGAGGAGGGAGGGGGUGAACUGUGAGGAGACGCAAAGCGCCGCUGGACUCCGGGAAAGAAGCGGAGGAGGAGGA